AUGAAGCAGGAGUCUCCAGAAGGAGACGUCCUGCCCAGACCGGCCUGUUCCUCCUCAACUUCCAGCUCGCCCGAGCACGACCAUCGAGCCAGACAUGACGACAACGGUUACGACCUGCCUAUGGACCUGCGCAAGAAGUCGCCCAAAAGCUCCGAAGAUGCGUCCAACGAUGACAGCGACGCGGAGGCCUCCAGCUCCGGUUCCGUGAGGCGGGUGUCUCAUCCGCACGCGAUGCACCACGCCUGGCAGAAGAUUUUUCAAAGCGCCUUGCCGUCCCCAGCACCUCCUGUCCUUCAACAGGGUAAAGGUCCUCCGGAACAGGCAGUUCGGUUCUCGGCUCCCGACGAAAAGGACCCUGACCAGCCCGCGGCCUCGAGAAGCAACCCCCUGACCAAGUCUUCGCACGAUGACAAGGAGAACCAGUGCGACUGCUCCUGCAGAGGAGACGAGUGCGACGUCACCCUGCUGGACUUGCGGAAGGAUUCAUCCUCGAAGUCUGGAUCAGAAUCACGAGUUUCCAGCUGUCCCUACCGUACCGACAAGGACUCCAAUCCCACUUUAAUACGUUUCCUAGAAGCGAGAGCUCUUUCGCCGCCCCAUCGGCAGGAUGACCUUCCGGAAGACCUGUCCUCGACCAAGGUCCCUCGGUCUGUCAUCGUUCCUGCCCAGGACUCCGUGGUAAAGCGCUCGUCCAGUUGCUCCCGUCUGUUCGAGAUAACAAGCGAGAGCCUGGUAGAGCGUCUGAUGCGAGCAAGGUGCAAGUCGGACAGCGAGAUUCAGCAUCGAAACAGCAGUCAGUCCUCGAGAUCCGGAACGGAGGAGUCGCUUCCCUCUCCCCCUUCUGAACGCAGCGCGUCGCUGACACUAAAGCGACGGAUCUUGGGUGGCCUACAUGCGGCGGACGGGCAGACAAAAGCUAAAGAGGAAGCACUGAAGGUCGCCAGACUCAACUCGGAGAUAGACGCGAAGCCAGCCUCCCUCCCAUGCUCACCACCGAACGACCAGCGACCGCAGCAGGAGACCCUGUUGCAGCAGCUUCGCCAGCUGGCGCCCGCAGCUCUGCCGUUCAGCAUCUACGCAUACUACACGCAGAUAAUGCAGAGGCUGCACGAGCACGAACUCCUCAAGCGACACCUGGAGGGCAUCGCCGUGUCGGCCGCCAUCCCGGCGCAGGCCCUCGGCGCUGCCAGGCCUUCGCCGGCGACUGGACUGGACUCCGUCGAAGACAGCGACGAGCUGGCGUCCGGCCUCGACACGUACAACUGCAGCAUGAGAAAGCGGGCGCCUCGGGCGCUCACGGGGAAGCACGUCAAGCACGGCACCGGGGCUAGCCCGGCGACCUUGCUCACACUGCGCCAGAAGAUCCAGGAACGUCAGCGUGCGCGGCAGCUGGGUCUGCUCGAGCCCACGGUGCGCACCUUGAAAGGGACGCGGAGGGGCUUCGGCAAGGGACCCGCCAAGAAGCAGCCCCUCAAGAAAUGA